AUGGUUGUGGUUGGAGGUGGAAUAAUUGGACUAGCAGUGGCCAGACAUAUAAGUAUACAUUACCCGAAAUUAAGGCUUUGCCUCUUGGAAAAAGAACAUGAAGUAAGCCUCCAUCAGUCUUACCGGAACAGUGGUGUAAUUCAUACUGGAAUCUAUUACAAGCCUGGUUCACUAAAGGCCCAGCUGUGUUUAGAAGGAUUGAAUAAAACGUACGAAUACUGUGAACAGAAGAGAAUACCCUACAAGAGGUCCGGAAAGCUGAUUGUAGCUGUCUCCGAGAGGGAAUUGUCGGCGCUUGAUAAUCUUUAUUCAAGAGCACUUGAAAACAAGGUACCAGGUGUCACUCUUGUUCCCGGAAAGGAUAUUCAAAGCAUCGAACCUGCCUGUCGGGGUCUGAAAGCGAUUUACUCUCCCAAUACAGGCAUUGUAGACUAUCGGGUCAUAUCCUUAUCGCUAGCGGACGACUUCGUCAGAAAUAAAGGAAAAUUACUUCUGGGUUUUGAAGUUUGCAAGAUCCUUGAAAAUGGUGACUCAGCACAGUAUCCCAUUCGCAUUGUUAACAAGAAGGCUGGGAAUCAACAUAUAAACUGUAAAUACCUAAUAACGUGUGCUGGUCUCCAGUCGGAUCGUAUUGCCGCACUAUCGGGUUGCACGAGGAACCCUAAAAUAAUUCCAUUCCGUGGCGAAUAUCUUCGGUUAAAGCCCGAAAUGUCUUCCCUUGUGUCUACCAAUAUUUAUCCCGUUCCUGACAGCCGCUUCCCCUUCUUGGGUGUUCAUUUCACCCCAAGAAUUAAUGGUGAAGUUUGGCUCGGUCCUAGCGCAACACUCUCCUUUAAACGCGAGGGCUACUCUGGCCUAAAUUUUUCUUUGAAAGAUACCUUAGAUUUCAUCACUUAUCCGGGGCUUCUUCGUCUUGCCUCGCAGUACUUUACGUUUGGUGUU